AUGCAAUUAACGAUAUCAUUAGAUUUUAAUGGAGACAUCAUAUCGGUGGAUGUUCCAGAAUCCUUAUCACUAGACGAUUUCAAGGCUUAUCUUCAAGCCGAAACUGGCGUCAGUCCUGACGAACAAACCUUGAAAUUGAAUGGAAACCCAUUGAAGGCAAAUGAAACGUUGACCGAAUUGGGAAUCGUCAACAAUGAUUUGUUGAUCUUGUCUAAGGCUAGAGCUACUCAAGCACCACCUCCACAGCCACUGCAUCUGGCUGCGACUUCUGCAAUGACAAAUCCCUCGAGCACACAAAUCAAUGAGCGGGUGGAAAUGGUCAGGCAACAGAUCUUGUCAGAUCCACAAGCUCUUGAAAAUAUCAGAAUGACCCAGCCUAGUCUUUACAAUGCAAUCAAUAAUGUUGAGCAAUUUAGAAGCUUGAUGAUAGAGCAAGUUAGGGAAGAGCAACGAGAUUCGUCAUCGUCACAGGCAGAGCUUCUCCGCUUGCAACAAGAUCCCGAUAAUCCAGAAAACCAAACGCGUAUCAUGGAGUUAAUUCAACAAGAAGCAAUUGAGGAGAAUAUGAAGUUGGCUUGGGACAUCAGUCCUGAAAGUUUCACUAGCGUCAACAUGCUUUAUCUCAAGUUGAAAAUCAACGGCGUUGAACAAAUUGCAUUAGUUGAUACUGGUGCUGCCAUGACAAUCAUUAGUCCUGAUAUAGCCCAGGAAUGUGGUAUAUCAAGAUUAAUUGACAAGAGAUUCCAAGGUCAAGCUGUUGGUGUUGGUACUCAAAAUAUUGGAGGAAAAAUACAUAGCGUACCGCUUGAGAUACAUGGAACAGGUGUCGAGUUGCCCUGCUCCUUCUACGUUGUUGACACCUCGGUUGGUAUCUUGUUUGGUUUGGAUAUGUUGAAAAGACAUCGUUGUGUUGUUGAUUUGACUAGAGAUGUGUUAAUCAUUGGCGGUCAAUUCGAGGCAAAGUUUUUGACUGAGUCAGAAAUACCAAGAAAGUCGUUGGGGGGUAAUAUCUUUUCCCGAGAGGCAUAG